AUGGCGACCAAGAAUAUCAACAAGGCAAUAGCCCACGAGAAGCGCAUAGGGGAGGCUGCCCUCAGCGACUUUGCCGAGUACGUCGAGCAGCAGCAGUCGCUGCGCUACCCGAGCACCAAACCCGCUGCCGACGGCGCUGCGAAGCCCAUCGCGGGCUCGCAUGACGAACACCAGCAUGCUGAGCUUGACGAGCUCUUCGACAACCUGGACCUCGGCGAUGCGACAGGCCCGAGUGUCAGGCUCAAGGACAUGCUUCUCGGAGCCGACGAAGAGACGUUGAAGCAGCUCAGCAAGAACUUGGCUGAGAGGAUAGAGGAGGGGCAUGGCGAGACUGUGUUCGACCUCGGCUUUGAGAACAAUGGCGACUCGUUGGGUCUUGACCUCGAUCAGUGGCAUACCGCGUACAAGAGGUUAGACGAAGCAGCUCAGCUGGUCCAUGCCAACUGCCAGUUGCUGCUCACGAAGAAUGUGGGUGGAGAAGUGGAAGCUCCGAGCGCCAAGUCGAGCAAAGACAAGGACUGCUCCGGCAAGGUCAUGAUUCGGCAGAAGCCAAACACGGUGGAGGACGUCAUCGAGACCAGGAUAGCAGUGGUGGGCAACGUUGACGCUGGAAAGAGCUCGCUGCUUGGCGUUCUUGUAAAGGGUGACCUUGACGACGGGCGGGGGAAAGCUCGAGUCAACCUUUUCCGCCACAAGCACGAAAUCGAGUCCGGGAGGACCAGUUCCGUCGGCAUGGAGAUUUUGGGCUUUGACACCGCCGGUCAGGUCGUUGUCUCUGAUGUGCCUGGACGUAAACUCUCGUGGGAGGAGAUUGGCAAGCGCAGCUCCAAGGUCAUCACCUUCACUGACUUGGCAGGCCACGAGAAGUAUCUGCGCACCACGGUCUUCGGUCUACUGUCCAGCAGCCCCAAUUACUGCCUGCUCAUGGUCGCGGCGAACAACGGUCUCAUUGGUAUGAGCAAGGAGCACCUUGGCAUUGCGCUAGCCCUCAAUGUGCCCGUAAUGGUUGUCAUCACCAAGGUCGACAUCUGUCCGCCCCAGAUUCUCGAGCAGACCAUCAGUCAGAUUACCAAAAUCUUGAAGAGUCCAGGCGCCAAGAAGAUUCCCAUCUUCAUCAAGGAUCGAGAAGAAUGCAUCAACACAGCCACGCAGUUCAUCAGCCAGAGAAUCUGCCCCGUAUUCCAGGUGUCGAACGUCACAGGCGCUAACCUCGAUCUUGUGAGGACGUUCUUGAAUAUCCUUCCCCACCACGGCCGAUAUGACUCGGAGGCGCCCUUUGAAUUCCACAUCAACGACACCUUCUCUGUCCCCUUUGUCGGUACGGUUGUGUCCGGCAUCGUCAAGUCUGGCGUGAUCCACGCCGGAGACAACAUUCUUAUCGGCCCCGACUCUCUCGGCCAGUUCAUGACGACCAGCAUCCUGCUGAUCCUAUCCCACGCAACGACCAUUCGCACGCGGUAUCAGGCCAUGCUUCAUGUCGGGCCCGUCUCGCAGACGUGCGCCAUCAUCGACGUUGAUCGUCCGUACAUCCGAACCGGUGACCGCGCCACCGUGGCCUUCCGCUUCAUGCAACGCCCCGAGUACCUCGCCCCAGGGGACCGCCUACUCUUCCGUGAGGGCCGCACAAAGGGACUUGGCAUCGUCAAGGCCGUUGGCUACGAUCCCAAGAAGCCGCUCUCGCCCCAUGGGCCCGACGACGGACCAGCGCCAGACGAAGGCAACGGACAGGCGGGCCAGCCGGCCGUUGGGCAAGAGGUCCAUGUAGGAGCGUGA